AUGGAGUGUUGUGGAAGAUGGUGUCGGUGCUCCAGAGGACGAAUCCCGACUCACUGCUGCCGAAAGAAAUUCUCUGAGGAACAGAAGGCAACAAGACAGACAAGCUCUCUAUUGAGAUUCCAGUCUAUGAAAGACUAUAAGGCUGGAAGUGCACAAGAAGCAUGGAACAUCCUACAAACAACAUACUCUGAGCAAGAUCAAGUAAAAAAACUUCGCUUGCAAUCAUUAAGGGCUGAAUUUGAAAAUAUGGAGAUGAAAGAUAACGAAAAAAUUGGAGAUUAUUUUACUAGAGCGAAUUCUCUUGUGAAUCAAAUGGCAUCAAAUGGAGAAGUUGAAACCCAACGGAUAGUCGAGAAAAUCUUGCUUAGCCUACAAAGUAAAUUCGACCAUGUUGUGGUAGCAAUAGAGGAGUCGCAGGAUCUCUCUUCGAUGGCGUUAGAAAGUUUGCAAGGAAGAUUGGAGGCCCAUGAAGUAAGAAUACUUCAAAGGAAUUCUCAAAGUUCCACUUCUCAAGAUCACGCUUUGAAGUCCCAAUUUACGGGAGGGCAUGGUUUCUUUCGUGGACACGGGCGAGCACGAAAUCAAAGCUGGGGACGAGGAAGGGGUGGCCAACCACCUACAGAAAAUAAAGAGCGGCGUGAAGAUGAAAAAUUACGAUCUUUCACCCAACGAGGAAGAGGGCGUGGUAACUAUAAAGGUACAAAACCUUAUGUAGAGUGCUAUUAUUGUCACAAACCUGGACAUAAAAUUUCUGAUUGUUGGGAAAAAUAUCCAGAAAAGAGGCGUGAAAAUGGUUUUGUGCAUGAGAAAGGAGUCGAAAAUACAGAAACAUUGUUGAUUGCUUCAAAUGGAAAUAUUGGGGAUAUUUGGUAUUUGGACAGCGGGGCAACCAAACACAUGACUGGAAAUAAAAAUCUGUUUUCCACUAUUGUCGAAGCUAAUCAUGGGCAGGUUAUUAUUGGAGAUGCCAAGGCAUAA